AAGAGUCCGCCCUCGGCCGAGCCGGGGGAGGAGAGGGGGAAGACCCCAGUGGGGAGGCCCCCAGACCCCCAAGAGAGCUCGGGGCAGGGGCAGCGGCAGGACGGGCCACCCUGAAUAUGGAACCGAGCUACGAAGAAACAUCCUGGCUGAACCACAGACCACGGCACGGAGGCAAGAAGACCAGACGAGGGCAACAGACGGGUAGGAUCCGCCCAAGGCCAUGCUGAUCGUGGGAUCGACCGUACUGGGAAAGGAGGUGUGCCCGGACCCCCUGUUCGUCUGCGAGGACAUGAGCCGUACCGACGUUUGCCAGGGGAGUCUGGGUAACUGCUGGUUCCUGGCGGCCGCCGCCUCUCUCACCCUGUACCCGAGGCUCCUGGAGCAGGUGGUGCCCGUCGGGCAGAGCUUCCAGCGGGACUACGCCGGCAUCUUCCACUUCCGGCUGUGGCAGUUCGGGCGCUGGGUGGACGUGGUGGUGGACGACCGGCUGCCGGCCAAGGAGGGGAAGCUGCUGUUCGUGCGCUCGGCCCAGCGCGGGGAGUUCUGGGCUUCGCUGCUGGAGAAGGCGUAUGCCAAGCUCCACGGCUCCUACGAGGUGAUGCGGGGCGGCCACAUGAACGAGGCCUUCGUGGACUUCACGGGCGGCGUGGGCGAGGUGCUCUACCUGCAGCGCGACCCCCCGACUCCCGGCCUCUUCCCCGCCCUGCGCCACGCCCUCGCCAAGGAGUCCCUGGUCGGGGCCACGGCGCUGAGUGACCGGGGCGAGUACGAGACGGAGGACGGGCUGGUCAGGGGGCACGCCUACUCCGUCACGGGGACCUACAAGGUGUCUCUGGGCUUCACCAAAGUGCGGCUGCUGCGGCUCAGAAAUCCCUGGGGCCGAGUGGAAUGGAAGGGAGCGUGGAGCGACGGGUGUCCUCGCUGGGCGGCCCUGCCCCCCGAGUGGCGGGAGGCGCUGCUGGUGAAGAAGGAGGAUGGAGAAUUCUGGAUGGAGCUGGGCGACUUCCUGCGUCACUUUGACACGGUGCAGAUCUGCAGCCUGAGCCCCGAGGUGCUGGGCCCCCGGUCGCAGGGAGGAGGCUGGCACGUCCGCUCCUUCCAGGGACGCUGGGUGCGCGGCUUCAGUGCCGGCGGGGGCCAGACCCACAUGGACACCUUCUGGACUAACCCCCAGUUCCAGCUGACCCUGCUGGAGCCCGACGGGGGCGGGGAGGAGGAGGGGCCUUGGGGAGGGUGGGGGGCUGGCAGGGCCUGGGGUCCCGAGCGGGGCGGGGCCCACCCCAAGUGUACAGUGCUCGUGUCGCUGCUCCAGCGGAACCAGAGGCGGCUGCGAGCCCGCGGGCUCACCUACCUCACCGUCGGCUUCCACAUCUUCCGGAUCCCCAAAGAGCGCCUCUCCCUGCUGCACUCCCCGCGGCGCCGCGAGCUGCUGCCCCUCCUGUCCCGGGUUGACGGGUCCCUGUUCAGCGCCCGCCGGGACGUGAGCCGCCGCUGUCGCCUGCUGCCCGGGCACUACCUGCUGGUGCCCAGCACCGCCCAGCCCGGCCAGGAGGCCGACUUCACCCUGCGGGUCUACACCGAGCGCCGCCACGCUGCCAUGGAGAUCGACGACGCCAUCGGCGCCGACCUGCACGCUCUGCUGGAGAUGCCCUACACCCCGCUGCCCAGAGAGGUGGAGCAGCUGUUCCUGGAGGUGGCCGGAGAGGAUGAAGAGAUCGGGGCCUCCCAGCUGCAGAUGUUACUGAGGGUUGCCCUGGAGCCUGGUAAGUGGGGCGUGGGGGUACCGCGGUUCCCCUCCCCUCGGGUGCGCAUGCGCGUCGGGGGUGCGUCCACGUCUACGGGAGCGCGGGGGAGGAGGAGGAGGACGCCCAGUGGGGGUCGGGGGGCCGGGAACGCGUGCCCCCCAUUCCGUUGCAGCCAGUUUCCGAGCGUCCCCACCCGGCGAGAUCGGGCUCAGGACCUGCGAACAUCUCCUGGGCUGCUUUGGGCGGGGGGACCGGCUGGCGCUCCCCGAGUUCCAGCAGCUGUGGCAGCGACUCCGGGAGUGGCAGGCUGCCUUCACGGAGUUCGACGCGGACGCGUCGGGGACCAUGAACUCCCACGAGCUGCGGCUGGCCCUGGAGGCGGCCGGCUUCCACCUGAACAACCAGCUGACGGAGCUCCUCACCAGCCGCUACCGGGACAGCCGCCUGCGGGUGGACUUGGACCGCUUCCUGUCGUGCCUGGCCCAGCUGGCCCGCGUCUUCCGACACUGCAGCCAGUUCACGGAGGGGGACGGCGGACUCGUCCACAUGACGCGCAAACAGUGGGCAGAGCUAGCCACGUUCUCCUAAGGGCGAGAGGCUAGCGGACUCCGCGGGGAGGCCGGACGGCACAAACACCCUUCUCCCCCGGGGACCGCGAGCCGGGGUCCGGGCCCCGCGGCGGG